ACUGACAUAUCAACGUAGGGAGAAAGGCCCGGGAGCUGGGGCGCGCCCGGUGGCUCCCGAGAAAACCUCGGGUCACUCGUCGGGCCUUUCUCCCCACCUUCCCGGGUCUAAAGCGGAGCCCUGUGAGGACUCAAAGCCCCCAGUCCCCGCCGGCUAGACCACCCCGCACGGCCGAGAGUCGGGCCGAGGCCGGGAGCCGGGAGUUCCUGCUCUGCUGCCCCGCGCCGCCCCGCGCCCGCCUCGCCGCCGGCGGGGAACGCGCCCCCGCGCGGCCUGCUCCUCCGAGGCGCACAGCGCAGCCGGGCUCCCGCCGCGCCAUUGGCCUGCUCGGGGUGGGAGGAGGAGGCGGCAGCGGCCUCCCCGCCCCUUCCCAGCCUCUCCUUCCUGCUUUUGGAAACUGGCCCCUCUCCGGGCCCUGCCCAGCCUGGCCGCCCCCGCUCCACACGCGCCCGCCAGUAGAGGGAAGGGAACGAGGACAAAGUUGGAGCGGUCGCCGGGAACCGAGGUGCUGGGGGAGACGGCGGCGUCCGCGGCGGGUCCCCGAGCUGCGCAAAGAUGCUGGGUGUCGCGGCGGGAAUGACCAACAGCAACAUGGCAAACGCCCUGGCCAACGCCACCUGUGAGCGCUGCAGGGGCGGCUUCGCACCCGCUGAGAAGAUCGUGAACAGCAAUGGGGAGCUGUACCACGAGCAGUGUUUUGUGUGUGCUCAGUGCUUCCAGCAGUUCCCAGAAGGACUUUUCUAUGAGUUUGAAGGGAGGAAGUACUGUGAACAUGAUUUUCAGAUGCUUUUUGCUCCUUGCUGUCAUCAGUGUGGUGAAUUCAUCAUUGGCCGAGUUAUUAAAGCCAUGAAUAACAGCUGGCAUCCCGAGUGUUUCCGCUGUGACCUCUGUCAGGAGGUUUUGGCAGAUAUUGGGUUUGUCAAGAAUGCAGGGAGACAUCUCUGUCGCCCCUGUCAUAAUCGUGAGAAAGCCAGAGGUCUUGGAAAAUACAUUUGCCAGAAAUGCCAUGCCAUCAUUGAUGAGCAACCUCUGAUAUUCAAGAAUGACCCUUACCAUCCAGAUCAUUUCAACUGUGCCAACUGCGGAAAGGAGCUGACUGCUGAUGCCCGGGAGCUGAAAGGGGAGCUGUACUGCUUGCCAUGCCACGACAAAAUGGGUGUCCCCAUCUGUGGUGCCUGUCGACGGCCCAUUGAAGGGCGCGUGGUGAAUGCCAUGGGCAAGCAGUGGCAUGUGGAGCAUUUUGUUUGUGCCAAGUGUGAAAAGCCAUUUCUUGGACAUCGCCAUUAUGAGAGGAAGGGCCUGGCGUAUUGUGAAACCCACUAUAACCAGCUAUUUGGUGACGUUUGUUUCCACUGUAACCGUGUUAUAGAAGGUGAUGUGGUUUCUGCCCUUAAUAAAGCCUGGUGCGUGAACUGUUUUGCCUGUUCUUCCUGCAACACUAAAUUAACACUCAAGAAUAAGUUUGUGGAGUUUGACAUGAAGCCAGUCUGCAAGAAGUGCUAUGAGAAAUUUCCAUUGGAGCUGAAGAAAAGACUUAAGAAACUAGCUGAGACUUUAGGGAGGAAGUAAUUUCCUUUAUUUUAUUUUUCCUCUUCUAUGCAAAGAUAAGAAAUUACCAAAGUUACUUGACUUGGUCCACCUUCAAUUUAAAGUUAAUCUCAAAACAGUUCACAUGGAGCGGACCGACUUGAAUGGUUUUCUUCAUCAUCUUUUUCUCAUUAAAAAAAAGUUUGUGUGAUCAUAUUUAAAACAGUUGAAAUCAGGAUUUGCCUUUGUUAACCUGUAUCAAUUUAUUGACACACAGACUAUGCUUGAUAGCAAAAAUCACAUGGUUAUAUGUUAAAUUUUAAUUAAGGUCCAAAAAAUUAAAUAUAACUUUUUAAACGUGGAAGUAAGGAGUCAGCUUUUACAUGACUCAGUUAAAAAAAAUAAUAAUAGAAACAUUAUUUUACUUAGUAAAGGAAAAUUACUUCCAACUGCUGUGGGGGCAGAUAUGAGGAAGAAAACUAACUAAGAAAAGCAAAUCUUGCAUAAUCUUGGUAUGUUUAUCAAAUUUAAUAGUUGUCAAAUAGACAUAACGCAUUACGAAGACAAGACAAGAACUACUUGAUUUUGUAAUUUUUUUGUUAAAUGCAAUAAUACUCUUAGUUUUAUAUUUUGCUCUUGUAAACCCUUUUCUUUAUACAAAUACUUAACACAGUAGUUAUAGCUAGAUAAUGGUAUGCCUUAUUAAAUUUUGUGCAAAAAAAUUUAUACCAGGUCUUUGAAAAAUACAAUAUUAGACAAAUGAAGUAUUUUUAAAUAUAUAAUAGUAAAUAUGCUUCUAAGCUUAAUGUCAAAGAUGUAGUCUUAGAAUAGGAUAUGAAAUUAAAUUUUAUGUAGCUUGGAAUGUAUCACUUUAAAAAAACGAUAAAUGAACAUAUAUUGGUCAUAUUGCCUUUAUAACCAUGCCAGUAUCUGUGCUUUCUACAAAUCAAAUAUGCCUUUCCUUUAGAAAUCUCAUACUUUAAUCAAGAAUUCUAGUUCUUUGGUACAAUACCAACUAAAAAAAGUACAUUAAUUGAGACUUGUAAACCCAAAUUCAUUUAUAACAACUGUGAUUAUAUUAAAAAAUUUUUUCUCUGAUUUUUGGGGAGACCCAUUAAAAUUAAUAUCUGUCAUCUUAUUAGAGGAGAACGAUGUUGAUAUGUGUUUCAGGUUUUCCAUUUCAAAUCUCAUAAUUGAUUAGAUUUUAUUUACCAUAAGUAGGUGUAAAUGACACUUCUAAAUUGGAAGAAGGAUAUUAAAAUUGUCAAUUUUAAGUCAAAAGUAGUGAGUUAUUCUACUUUAUGAAAAGUUUUACCCUGAAGUUUCUGGACCAUUCUUUCUGUAUAAGCUUGUUAUGUAAAGUAAACUUUGUGGACAUUUAAAGAUGUUACUGCUGCUAUGCUUCUUAAAAAGAAAAUUACCAAGAUGGGCUCCUAAUGGGAAAAAUAUUGUUCCAUCAUAAAAAACAUCUCAGGAUGCCACCAGUCUGCCAUUAAAAUAUUUGUAUGCAUGCGUUUUCUAAAAAUCUUGUGCAUGCACUUUAAAAAAUAAAUUGUUUCUCUUUUCAAAUAAUGUACAACCACUUUAUAUUUUAGUGUUCUUUUAGAGUUCAGAAAUUAUCGUAGAUGACUGAAAUGUAUCAAUAUGUAGCUUAAGACUGUAUAUUCUUAAUAGCCUAAAACAGUCUUUGUAUUUGACAGUAAGAAUCAAAAUCCUUUCAGUGUGCCUUUGUCAGCUAAUAAAUGACCAGCAAUGAAAACUUUUAAAGUAUUUAUUAAAUAUUAUACUAUCAGUAUAGGCAAAAUAGGGCAGCAUUUGAAGUAUAGAUUCUUAAUACUAAAUUCUUAUAUAUUCCUACACCAGAAAUACAGAGCAGAAAAGCAAGCCUUUACCUGUAUUCUUAUUUACCUUGAAGAUGCAUAGACUGAACUCAGAUGCUUUGCUCACAUUUCUUACAAAGCUGGACAUCUCCAGCCAGAAGGACCCCUGGUAUCUUUACUCAGUCCUCUCUUAAAACAUGAAUUAGUGUAUUUCGGAAGUUUGACUUGGUAGGCCCCUUUUAUUUAGGGUAGUUUAUUUAGGUACAAUACUCUCUUCUUCCUAGGGGCAUCAUUACAUUACAGAACUUCCUUCCUGUUAUAUGUGGGAAAGGAGGAAGAAGUUGUUAGUGUAAUAGAAGACAAACUUGGUCUAUUUUGUAAUUUUUUUUAUGGAAGUUGUCCUGGCUGCUGAAAAACUCAAGCUAGUAACCAUUUCUUUGUUUAAAGUUCUACAAAACAAUUUGAAGUAAUUCAUUGUCCUUACCUAAUUUCCAAGAGCUCUUUUUCUUAGUUUACUAUAACUGGAGAAAAUGUCUGGGUAAAGUAAAACAUUCUUUAGAUCAUGUUCCAAGCUUUAUUAACACUGCACCUAAAAAUAACAGGUUACCUUGCCUCACGCAUUUGCCAAAAUAGGCAUUUCUAAGUUAAGGAAAUUUUGAGGUAGGCUUACAGCAUUCUUGUUGUAUUUCAUUUUAGAUUGUGAGCUCAGUGGCAGGGACAUUAUCUCAACAAUUAUGUUUCUAUAAAACAACCAUGCAGUAUACUUUUGGUGCUUAAUAAAUGUUCAUAAUUAUUAAUGAUACCCUGUUGUGCAUUGUUUAAUUUGAAUGGCUUUGAGACAGAAUUGUGAGAACAUAGGACAAACAUUAAGAAAACAGUUUUAAACUUUUACUGAAUAUAGUUGUUGUUUUAUUCCUGGAGCUCAAUUUAAAUAGUACUAUAUCUAAAUCCUUAUAAAAAUAUUUAAUCAAACAUUUUUCCUGUCUAUAAAGUUCACAGUGCAAUUCCCACAGAUACUUUUUUAUUUAAUCCUCACAACUGUAUGAGUUACUUAUAAUUCUUACCACUUCACAAAAGAAUAAUAAAGUGAUGUUAAGUAAUUCCUUCAAGGUUGCACAACUUAAAAGUGACAUAACCAGGAUUUGAACCCCAGUUCCUGUGAUUCCAAAUUUCUAAGUGUUUCUACUGCACCAUGAUGUCUAUGCUGUUACUGUAGGGGGUGUGUACAUGUAUGCAUAUAGGAAAAUUCAAGUAUUCAUAAACAUAACAUAGAAAGAUUCAUUAUAUGAAUAAAAGAAAAUGAUCUGAUUACUGUGUAUAAGCCAUAUUUUAGAACCAUCCACUAUUGAGGGUAAAUUCUGAUGUUUGUUCAAUUCUUAGCGAAGAAGAUACGUGUCUUAAUACAGAAUUCUUUUAUCAAACCCUGAAUCGCUGUGUGCAGUGUGUAUGGAAGAUGUUCAUUGCUAAUGCUCUCUGAAGUUGUGUUCCCCUUCCAGGGCUCAAUCCUUUCCCAGCUCUUCAGCAUAUUUAAAUGCACAGAUCCCUGAGGGUUCUGUCUGAUUAGAGUCUUGCACUCUUCUUUCCCUUGGGAGGUGCAGAGCUUUGGUUUCCACCUGCCCAAGGAGACAGAUAAUUACAACCUAACAUGGGAGGUAUUGUAAUGGGGCGAGCACAGGGUUUUGAAAGAUUGCAGCAGUAGGACCUCCAGGCUCAGGGAAGGAUGUGUCAGGGAGGCUUCUUGGAAGAAGUGAAUCUUGAAUAGAAGUUAGCUAGGCUAAGGAAUGGUCAUUCCAGGCCCUCUUGCUUUUCAAAUAUUCUCCAUUUCUAAAUUUCCCUUACUGGCAUUACUGUCUAUCCAGGUGUCCAAGCUACCAACAAGUUGACUUCUUUUCUUUCCUUCAUCUUCCCCACACAUCUAACUACUCCAAAAUUCAUCACUUUGACUUUGGAAAGCAUCCAGAAACCUUUCUCUUCCUCCUUCUGACCUGCAACUCCUGCCUGCCUUCUUGCUAUUCUCAUUCAGUUCUGACUUCCAGACAACAGUCAGCUCUCUCUUGCUUAUUAACCUCUGUUUGGCUCACAGGAAAAAAAAAAAAAAAGGCAACA